AUGGAUUCCCCCGUACCAUCAACAAUCCUCUCACCAACCACCCCCCGAAUGAACCCAAGAGUACAUCCCCCCUCUCGCCCCUCUUCUCGCCUCUCCAGCCGCGAACGGCAUACAGACGACAUCCUCACCGACCUCACCCCCUCCACGACCUUCGAAGCCUUCACAAGCCCCUCGGGCAAGCUGCGCGCCAGCAUCGAAGCAGCCUCCCAAUCCGAGCGAGCAUUUGGCAUCCGCGCUACCCUCGCAUCAAAGAAGAUACAAGAAUGGGUCAACGAACUAUCAGGCUGGCCAUGGCCUGUGGAGAGCGGUUCCGCCGGUUUCGAGAUGCCCGCCGCGAAACGCAGGAAGAUAUCAGAUGAGGCGAAUGGUAGUCAGGAACUGGAAUACAGGGGCAGUCUGCUUACGGCAGAUGCUCUACAAUAUGAGGCUCGACUGGAGGAAAUUACAGGGGAUAUGGAGGAUCUCCAUUUUGAGGAAAUCAAGCGGCAGGUUCUGGAUACGCAUUUCUCGGCCAAGUCUCGACCCUCGUCUUCUGCUUCUAGUGCGCCCAUGCCGAGUUUCCUCUCUUCCUAUACAAAGAUGGACGAUUUUACCGCGAUUGUUACAGCUACUGUUCUACAAGCCCUGCCGAAUCUGUCAAGACUUAUGCGCCUGAUGGAGGUCUGGAAUAUACGAUUGGCGGUAUUGCAGAAAGUCCCUCCGCUUCUGACUGCGCUGGAUGAUACGGAGGUGGCGCUGAAGUCUGGCUGGAGUGCUAUGCAAGUCCCCGACAAUCACGACCACGACAGUGAAGGCGCCCAAGCCUUGUCACGGGAUACAUUCAAUGUCAUGAAGAGUGUACUGCAAGAUAAAGUAACCAGUCUGGGUCAAGACCUAGAUUACAUGCUCGAUACGUUAGAGGGUCGGCCAGAUACGCUGCCUGAUAGCUGGCUAGACCGGAUGGAAGCUAUCGAGCAAGAUUAUGGCGAAUGGGCUGUCGCUGGGGACAGGAGAGUUCGAGAAGGAGAGUGGGCUAGAAUGGCGAAGGCGCGGAAAGAGGCCGAAGAUGCGCAGAGAGCAAAAGAAGCCGAAGAGGCUGAAGCGGCGAGGCUGAAAGCCGAAAAGGACGCAGAA